UUUGGAAGAUGCCUAGAUAUGAUGAUCGUUACGGGAACACUCGUCUGUACGUUGGACACUUAUCAUCCAGAACUCGUACCAGAGACCUUGAACGCCUUUUCAACAGAUACGGAAGGUCUCUGGGAUUUUGCCUAAACCUGGAGGUGUUUUGAUGAUUGGUGUUUGAUGAUUGGGUGGUCUUGGCGGAAAUUCUCGCCAGGUGUAUAGAGGGCGCCUCGGCGGCUCUGUUUGUAGUGUGUUUUUUACUAAGUGUUUUGAUGGAACAUGGAGAAUCAGUCUCUAAAAUGGUGUUUAGCAAUACCGUAAAGUAACGAUGGCCUUACCUUUUCUGCCAACAAUUUCUUUCUCAGAGUGCGAGAUGUGGAUAUGAAGCGGGAUUAUGCUUUUGUUGAGUUUAGUGAUCCCCGUGAUGCUGAUGACGCGAGACAUUACUUGGAUGGAAGAGACUUUGACGGAAGUCGCAUCACCGUGGAGUUUUCAAGAGGGGCACCUCGUGGCUCUCGGGAUUAUGACAGCAGAGGCCCACCUCCUGGAGCAGGUCGCUGCUUUAACUGUGGUGUUGACGGUCAUUGGGCCCGAGACUGCACUGCAGGAGACUGGAAGAACAAGUGUUACCGCUGUGGUGAAAGAGGACAUAUUGAGAGAAACUGCAAGAACAGUCCCAAGAAGCUCAGGCGGAGUGGAAGCUACUCCAGGUCACCUGUAAGAUCCCGUUCUCCUCGCCGUAGAAGAAGCCCGAGCCGUAGCAGGAGUCUUAGCCGUAGCCGGAGCUACAGCCGAUCAAGAUCCCCUGUGAAAAGAAGAGAGAGAAGUGAAGAGGAGAGGUCUCGCAGUCCGAAGAGAAUGGAGGACUCUCUAUCGCCAAGAGGCAGAGACCGUAGUCCGAUUAUGGAUGAUGAAGGUAGCCCAAGGAUUAUAGACGGGAGCCCUCCACCUUCUCCAAAGCUUGAAAAGCCAGCAGGAUCAGACCAUGAUGGUGGUAGCAGCCCUCAAGACAAUGGGAAUGGCAGAAACACUGUUGCCAGUCCCGUUGUGGGACGUGACAGUCCGAGAGAGGACAGAAGCCCCGUUGAUGAUGAUUACGAGGCCAACCGUGCUUCCCCUAGAGGAAGCGAGUCACCUUGACUUUGAUGGCUCAUGGCCUCAGGGUUGCAGGUGCUCUAGCAUGUUGUACUAUUGAAUCAGACUGCCCCCCAGAUAUUUCCUUUCUCUUUUAUGUAUGUUUGCUUUGGAUCUUCUUGAGUUCAUGUUGUCAGGAGUUCUUUCUUUUUACCCUGUUGAGAUGAUGGUUAAAAACUUGUAGGACAUAAAUUGCUAGCUUUUCAUUUUCAGACAAUUUUCAAA